ACAACGAAAUGAGGGUAUAGAAAUUGAAAGAUUUUUUCUAUAUUUUAUUGCAAUCAAAGUAAUAUAUAGUAGUAAUACAUUAACAGAAAUAUUUUCUGUGAUGAAAAAAUUCAUAAUAAUAUCAACCAUUUAUUUUUUUAUAAUCUUAAAUUGGAAAUAAUAAAAGCAAAAGAGCCAAAAGUUCUUCUAUAGCAAUUUUUUUUAAUAGGGGAAAAUCAUCGUAUGACUCCUCCCGCCUAGGUGAAGCGGGAGGGAGUGUCAGACUCUUACUGACUAAAAACCACCCCGUUUCUUCUCCUGCACGUCGAGCCGGAGCCUCGGUUACCCGUUAG